UCAAUAAGUGUUUCUUUAGUCCCUGGAACCUAUACAACUCUCCAUACAGGCUCCCAUUUCGCUGUCGGGGGCCAGUAUUGAAACCAUAUGGGUGCAAGCCAUUCAAUGAAGGCCCAAAAAAAACCGGUCAAUACACGAGCAUGGUGUCUGGAAGAGAGGGUCCUAUCUGCACGAGCGCUCUGGUACUGCAGCCAUACCCUUCAAUAUCAGUGCCAGAUGGGCCACAGGAAUUUCAGUAGCAAUCAGAACAUGGCUGAUGGUCAGGACGGCUUCCCACGACUCCCAGAUCGUAUCUUUACCCCGAAGUUGUCAAGCCUACCGCAGAUCUCCGUCAAAGAAAGCAGAAAAAGGGGCUCUAAAGCACAUCCUUGCGAUCGGCUCAAUGCCCUCUCAGGCAUCGCGGGGUAUUUUGCGGAGUUCUGGUCGAACAACAGAUAUCUCGCCGGGCUGUGGGAACAUCAGCUUCCAUGCUGCCUACUGUAGUUCAUACCACAUUCAGAUACCGCUCCCAGGCCUUCCAAAUAUAGAGAGGGUUGCUUCCAGCACCAGUGGGACGAAGAAACUUCCAGUGCCAAAGGCGAGGUU